AUGUGGGGAAAUUCGGGUCUUGGAAUCGCAGAGAAUACUGCGUUGAAACGUCUCCUUCUUGGCUACGACAAUAGCACCCUGGCUCUGUAUCCGCCAGAGCGUCAAGUCGACGCCGACACCGAGAAAUUUCUUACUGGACUCCAGAGCCGUCGAAAUGCGAAGCAGCUGGAGGCAAUCAGAGAAGUAUUUGCAACAAGAAAGACUUCAAGAAGCUUGGCAACGCUCAUCACUGGGCCACCAGGCACCGGUAAGACGGCAGUUUCGGCUUCCAUUGCCGAAUGGUGCAUCAAGCAGGAUCUACCACUCCUCAUCGUCGCAGGAUCGAAUCAUGCCCUAGACAUGAUUGGACAAAGAAUCAUGUCCACCGUGCAAGAGCAAUCCCUCGGGCUUUCGGGGAUCUAUCGCCUGGAGACCGACUACCUAGAAAAUCCCGAGAUCCAGACAUCAGAGGCGCAGACAUCGGCUCGUCAAAGCCCUGCUCAUGCGCAAUUCCAAAAGAUCCAAGAGGUGUUCGAGGAACAUGAUCUUCCCGAUGUCCAAAAUUUUCUCCGUGCUUCCGUUGAGAGUGUCUCACCCCCGUUCCGAGACUUGUCCCUUGGCCAAUUCAUAAUCACCCGAGCGGCACUGGCGGGGACUCGCAACUGUCCCCUCAAGGACGGUUCAGCUGAGGACCAGGCCGAAUACGAACUGCUCUCGGAAUUCAUAUGCUGGCAACAUUGCAUGCGAGAGCGUGCAAUGUUGCUAGUAGAGCCUGUUGCAGCCAUCACCUAUCCUGGUGCUGGCCCCCAGCAGCAAGUCGAGGACCUCCAGAAGGUCAUCGGCCGGGAAUAUCAACGGACGUGGGUGGAGCUACAGAAGUCCUACUUAGAGAAGGCUAAGGUAGUGCUUUGCACAGCCUCAACGGCGGGCAGGGGCAUACUGCGAACCUUCAAACCAGCAUACGUGCUAGUUGAAGAAGCCUCCCAGUUAUCGGAGGCCGAGUGUCUAAAUGGCAUCAUGGCCGGGGUUCCAUCUUUGCAGAAGAUUGUCCUCAGCGGAGACAAGCAACAACUUCCUCCGACUGUCAUCUCGAAGAACCGCAACGAAUGCUACUUCUGGGAGAAGGAGUCCCUUUUUGAGAGGCUGAUAAGAUCUGGCCACCCGCACGUCGAGCUAAAUGUCCAGUAUCGAAUGGCUCCGGACAUCGCAGAGUUCGUGAGCAAACAAUUCUACAACGGCAGAUUGACGACAGACCCAACUUCUGCUCAGAGCCCAAAAAUUAAGCACUGGGCGGAUACCAUGAAGGACUUGCUAAGAUGUUCGGCUGGGAAUUCUUUUUCCGUGUCAGUCGCUAAUACGACCGUGCUGAAGCGCCUCGGAGGAAGCUCAUUGGUGAACCCUGAAUAUGUUAGUUACGUCGGGGAACUGGUGCAGAAAGUUCUGAAAAAAGGUUGCGCGGAGAAUCGCCUCAUGAUCCUCUCUUAUUACAGCGAGGAGAGACAAGUGCUUUCUGAGCUCAUCAACAAAAAGCUGGGCCACCCCGACAUCCAGAUCAAGAGUGUCGAUGCCUCCCAAGGCAAUGAAUGCUCUAUGGUCAUUGUUUCCACAACUCGCCCUGGAGGCAAUAUUGGCCUUGGCUUUGUUUCCGACUUGCAACGGAUGUGCGUCGCACUCAGUCGUGCUCAGAAUUGUCUUGUCGUCUUGGGACAUGAGAACAUGGGUAAGUCUCAAAAGCCCGGCGCAGGAAAGGGCUUUCAAGCUUGGGACAGCCUCAUCAAGCUUCAUAUCGCCAAAAAGCGCCUCUGCAGAGUGGAUGGCAGAAAUACUUUGGUCAAGCAGCACCUCAACAUAGACAUCGAACAUCCUCACUAUGAGUCUGCCCAAUUUUGA